GGCUCCGAAGGACCGAGCCGUGGAGGCCCGUCGCGGGCGACGAAACCCCGUAGCUCCAGCAAGAGCGGGGCCGCCUACGAGGCGCCCUAUAGCUGUCCUGACUGCGGGAAGAUCUUCAGCCGGAGGUCCUUCCUCGUCCCCCACCGGCGCCUCCACACGGGCGAAAAGCCCUUCACCUGCCACGAGUGCGGGAAGGGUUUCCGAGUCGGGUCGGCUCUCAACAAGCAUCAGCGGAUCCACACGGGCGAGAAGCCCUACGAGUGCUCGGAUUGCGGGAAGCGUUUCCGUCUGUCCUCCACCCUCAGCACCCACCGGCAGAUCCACGCCGGCGACAAACCCUACGUCUGCCCGGUUUGCGGGAAGAGCUUUCGGUUGAGCGCGUAUCUCCUGGCCCACCAAGGCACCCACGGCGUGGGCCGCCCUUUUCGGUGCCUGGCGUGCGGGAAGGGCUUCAGCAUGAGGCACUACCUGGCCAUCCACCAGCGGAUCCAUCGGGGCGAGAAGCCGUUCGAGUGCUCACUGUGCGGGAAGGUCUUCAACCGCAAGUGGACCCUUCGGGUUCACCAGCGGGUCCACAGCGGGGAGAAACCCUACAAGUGCCCCGAGUGUGGGAAAAGCUUCGUCAUGAGUUCAGACCUCGCCGCCCAUCGGAGAAUCCACAGCGGGGAGAAACCUUACAAGUGUCCCGACUGCGGCAAGAGCUUUCGGUUGAAGUCCCACCUGACGAGACACCAGCGAAGCCACACCGGGGAGAGACCCUACAAGUGUAGGGAUUGCGGGCAAAGCUACACGGACAGCUCUGGGCUCAUCAAACACCAGAAGGUCCACGUGGAAAAGAAGGAGGAGGCAUCUCAGGCUGCCCACGCCGGCGAGGGGCGUUAUAAGUGCCCUUACUGUAGCGAGAGCUUCCACAAAAAGUCACCUCUGGUCCUUCACCGGGCUACCCACGUCGGGGUGCGACCCUACCGGUGCUCCGCGUGCGAGAAGGCCUUCAGCCACAGCGCCACCCUCCUGAAGCACCGGCGAAGCCAUACGGGGGAGAGACCCUACAAGUGCCCUCACUGCGAGAAGCGCUACAAAGACGGCUCGACCCUUCGGAGACACCGGAGGAGCCACACGGAGGAGAAGCCCUACGAGUGCGCCAGCUGCGGGGAAUGUUUCGGUGCCGUCGCGGCUCUCCUGAAGCACCAGCGGUUCCACACCGAGGGGAGGCCUUACCGGUGCUCCGACUGCGGGAAAAACUUCCACUCCAAUUUCCUCCUCGUCACCCACCGGCGAAUCCACACGGGAGAGAGACCCUACGCGUGCCCCAUCUGCAAGAAAACCUUCCGCCAAGCCUCCCACCGUACGAGGCACCAGGAGAUCCACGCGAGGCCCAGGGCUGGCGGUGCUUCGCGGUCCGAGCACCAGGGGCGGAACGAGGCGGCGCCGGGCGGGAGCCGAGGCGGGACGUGA